AUGUCCAUCAUGUGCGGAGAACUUGAAGUUACAACAGAUGAGGGUAUUUCCUCUCGAUUGUUUGGAAAGUCAUUACAUUCGAUUAUUUCAGCUAUCUGUAAAGUCUGCAAAACAAAAACAUUUAACAUCCUAGAAUCAUUUCCUAAUAUGAUGGACAUUAUUCCUGGUGAUGAGGAUUCAGGAGAAAUAAAAAUAAAUGAUCAGAUGGACAUUUAUCCUUGUGACAUAGAUUCUGAUGGCCGUUAUUUAGAGCAUAAGUUUUCAGUAGUUGAACAGAACCAGCCAACUAAUAAGUACAUGCAGUCAGAAUAUAUGACAGCUAAGGAAGAAAAUGACAUGAUAAGUGAAGAUGAAGCAUCUAUAUGGAUUUCACAGUCUGAUUCAGAAAAUUAUAUGGUUUAUCUGCCAUCAUCUCAGAUAUCAUCAUGGAGUACAGAAAAUGACAUACAAAGAAACACCUUAGAGGAAAUAAACAGUGCACUGAACAUUAUUGGUGAGGGAAAAAUCAGUCCAAUUACAUACCAAAUAAGGAAGGAUGUUAACGAACUCAAACCAAGAACAGUGCGCAGCCUGAAGAGAAAAGCAUCUGCUACUGUUCAUGAAGCACUUGACUGUCUUGCACCAUUUCAAGCAAAUAAAGUUUGGCAACUCAUAGAUAUGGACUUGUGUUCAACACCAUCACCUAAAGUAGAUGAGCUGGUUGUUCAACUCUUCAAAGAAUCAACUGACAAGUGUACCAAAAAGCAGUUCCUGUCAAUGAUCUCAUUAAGUUACACAAAGCAGCAGCUGAGAGACAUAUUUCCUGGCAUUAGCAUAUAUGAGAUUGACCAAGCCAGAAUGCAUGCAAAGACUUGUGGAAAAGGUGUUCCACCUCCAAAUAAAGAAAAAUGUGUCCGCCAAAAAAUGAAUAAAGAUAAGCUUGAUCAUGCACUAGAUUUCUUCCUAAAUCCUUCAUUUCAUCAGGUAACUUCAGUUGGCACUAAGCAGAUGCAUUUACGAAAUGGAGAAGUCAUCACCAUCCCACAGGUUGUAAGGACAGCAUGUCCCUCAACACUAGUGACAAUUUAUCAAUCAUUCUGCCAAGAAACAGAUUUCUCACCUUUGUCCAGAGCCACUCUUUUCAAAAUUUUGGCUGCAUGUCCUGCAUCAAAAAGAACUAAUUUAAAAGGACUGGAUAAUGUUGCAGCAGAUGGUGCUUUAGGUUUUGAGACUCUAUUAUCAACUCUGGCAAGCAUUGAAAGAUAUGUGUCAGAUAAUGACAAGCUAAUACAACUUAAGGAAUGCAGAGAGAACCUGUUAGCAGCAAAGCUUUACUUGAAAACAGAUUUCAAGGCUCACAUUAAGCAAAAGGAUAAAUGUGCUGAUCACUGCAUUAGUUUUGCCCUUUCUGAUCCUAUGGAUCAGAAACAUCAGCAGCUGUGCAGUGAUCACAUCCAUGACACAAGUUGUGACAGGUGUGAUUUAUUCACCAACACUGUUCUGGAAGUCAAAAACCAGAUAAGAAAUUUAGGAGAUGAACUUCCACCAGAUUUACUAUCUGACAUAUACGGUGACAUUGAAUCAGCCUGUGGAAGAAUAACAGAUUGGAAAAGACACAUUUUAAGAACCAUCAACCAAGACAAAGGCCGCAGUGAUCUUUUGAAGAGCCUUUCAUCAGAACAAGCAGUCAUAGUGAUGGACUGGGCCAUGAAAUUCUUACCCAUGUCUUUCAGGGAAAAACAAAGUGACUGGUUUGGGCAGAAAGGUAUCAACUGGCAUGUCUCUGUUUGUAUUUAUAAGUCAGAGAAUGAAGAGUUGAAGCACAGAACAUUUGCUCAUUGUGUAGAGGCAACCAAACAGGACUGGUACACUGUGUCUGCACUUUUGGAGCAUACUUUGCAGACCAUCAAGAGUCAGUUGCCAAAUAUCAAAACUGUCUUCUUACGCAGUGACAAUGCUGGCUGUUACCAUUGUGGUAACCUUUGGUUCUCCAUUCCUUUUAUUAGUGAAAGAACAGGAGUUUAUAUAAGAAGAUAUGACUUCAGCGAAGCCCAAAGCGGAAAAUCAUACUGUGAUGCCAAAAUUGCACACAUGAGAGGGAAAAUCAGACAGUGUGUUUCAAAUGGAAAAAAUGUAGUUUGUGCUUCGGAUAUGAAGUCUGCAAUAGAUGACUAUGGGGGAGUUUCUGGAUGCCAAGCAGCUCAUGUGGAAAUCACAAAUAUUUUGGAUGAUCAUAGAGCAACUGGUCUUAUUAAAGGAAUUUCCAAAAUAUCCAACAUAGAAUUUCAAGAAAAUAUGCAAAUAACUAUGUGGAAAGCAUAUGGUAUUGGCCAAGGGAGAAAUAUAUCUGUUCAGGGACAAAUGAACAGUCAAGAUGAAAGUAGAAUUGAUGGUUCGCAACCUAAUAUCUCACAAGAUAUAUCAAAAGAACAACAAGGAUGGGCCUUAAAAAAAGAAAAGAAGCAUGUGAGAUUUUCAGACAAAGUUAAGUUGUAUUUGAAGUCAAUAUUUGAAGAUGGUGAAAAGAGUGGGAACAAGAUGAAUGCUGGCACUGUAGCAAGAAAUAUGAGAGUUGCACUGGAGAAUGGUACCAAAAUGUUUUGUAACAGUGAAUACUUGAAUGCUUGUCAAAUUACAUCCUACUUUUCUCGGUUAGCUGCAGAGAAAAAAAUGCCAUCAAAGUGUUCCGAGGAUAUUGACAGUGCAGUAGCUCUUAUCGAGAGAUUUGAAGCCAUUGAAGAAAUAACAGCUUUAAUCUAA